AUUAUUGGGGCAUUUGGGACAUUAUUUACCCAAAAUACAGUGCUUUGGGUCAAAGGACUAUAGCUACACGGAUCAUUUGUGAGAUGGAAUUGCAUUGUUCUGCAAACUAAUUUUUACUGUGAUACUGUCACGGAAGACACAGACAAGGGAUGCAUUCUCUCCUAUCCCAUGGAUGCGCCCUAAUCGUAUCCAAUGAAUCUCCCCGGCAUCAGCAAUACGACCAUGGACAACAUGUCUGGUUCGGGCUUCAUUUUGGAGAUUGUCACCAUCAAUCCUGUUCUAAACAGCCUGACCACUCAGGCCAGCGCUGGAAGCAACCACACAGCUGGGGGCGAGAUGCACCUCAACAUCUCGGUGAUUAGUUUGGAGCGGAACUCGGUUCUCCGGGGCAUCGCAGUGGCCGCGCAAGCGCUGCUGCUCUUGGCCAUAUUCUUGCUGUCCAGUCUGGGUAAUUCAGCCGUUGUGGUGGUCAUCAUCAAACACAGACAGCUGAGAACAGUGACCAAUGCAUUCAUCAUGUCCCUAUCCCUUUCUGACUUCCUGACGGCCAUUCUUUGUUUACCCUUCUCCUUCAUGAUGCUCUUCAGCAAGGAUGGCAAGUGGAUGUUUGGGGAGCGCUUCUGCGUCGCCAACGGCUUUUUCAACACCUGCUUCGGCAUCAUCUCCACCCUGACCAUGACUCUUAUCUCAUUUGAUCGAUAUUAUGCCAUUGUCAGGCAGCCACAGGCCAAAAUUGGUAGGAGGAGAGCAAUUCAGCUCCUGGUGGCCGUUUGGUUAUCAGCAAUGUUCUUCUCCUUCCCGUGGUACCUGCUUGUGCAGACCCCAGGGGACAUGGUGGUGCACAAACAGGGCUUUUAUCAUUGCAUGUACGUGUUCCAUUCUGGCACCUCCAGGAUGGGCACUGCCUAUAGCAUAGCUUUAAUAGUGGUGUGUUACCUGCUCCCUUUCGCCCUCAUGUGCUUCUGUCACUACAACAUCUGUAAAACUGUCCGACUGUCGGAGAUCAGGGUGCGGCCGGUGACCACUUACGCACACCUGUUGCGCUUCUACAGUGAGAUGCGCACCGCGACCACCGUCCUCAUCAUGAUCGUGUUCAGCAUCUUCUGCUGGGGGCCAUACUGCCUGAUGGGCACCAUCACAGCUCUGGGGAACUACUCUUUUAAUCCUGCUAUGGACACUGUGGCUAUUUGGAUGGCAUGGGCCAAUGGUGCCAUUAAUCCUUUGAUUUAUGCUAUUAGGAAUCCGCAUAUAUCCAUGUUGAUGGGCCGGAGCAGGGAGGAGGGAUAUAGGACUAGAAACAUCGCUGCGUACUUGUCCACGCAGACGCAGCGCAGGGACGCAGUCCGGACGCGGGCGCAUCGAAUACGGGACCGGUAUGUAAGCCGGCACGGUGCAAACAGCCGCCAGUCUUCCUCCAGCCCAGCCAACGGGGGAGAAGUGGCCAUGUGGGCCUGUAAGAACCCAGCAGUGUUUUUCUGUAGAGAUGCCCAUCCUGAUACAAUCACUGAACCCGCGGUGCCCAAAGUUGAGACGGCUGACACCAGUUUGUAAUUGUAGUUUCACUUUCUGAUAACUUUCAUUGAUAAGUCUGUCAUGACAUUUCUGAUCAUUUGAAUGCACAUUGACAGACAUUAUUUAGGUAUAUGGUGACCCCAAAAAGUUUUGGGAUAUUUUAGCCACACUUAAAAAGUAUUAAAUGAAUAUUCCAGCUUCAAUACAAGUCAAGAUCAAUCUACAAGCAUCUGUGGCAUAUUGUUGAUUAUCACAAAAUAAUAUUUAAACCCCUCCCUCCUUUUCAAGACAAGUUAAAAUCUAGGUUACAGUGAGGCACUUACAAUGGAAGUGAAUGGGUCCAGUGGAAGUUAAUGACGGGUUUAAAGCGAGAAAUGUGAAGUGUGUAAUUUUAUAAAAGCACCACUGUAAAACAAAAAAGUCAGUAAUUAAAAUUUGACAGUGAAAACCUUUAUUAGAUUUGAAAUGAAUAAGAUUAACGUAGGCCUUCAUCAGGGUUAAGAUAAAAAUAAUAAUAAUACACAACAUGCUCAUUUAAAACAACUCUGACCAAUGAAAGCUCACUUAAACAACCAAUCAUAAUAGUCUCUGGAAUUGAAUCACUGCUAAUUGUUAGUUGUUUUUUUUUAUAUCUUAACCCUGAUGAAGGCCUACGUGCCGAAACACGUUGGUUAAUCUUAUUCAUUUUAGUCUAAUAAAGGCUGCUGGAUUCCUCUGUGCCAUUCCUGUUGUUUUUAUGUUAAAACGUUAAUUGGAUACAUUAAAGCUGAAUUAUGUGAAAAAAAAAAAUAAUUAUAAUUUUGGAGGAUGAAAAAGGUGGUGGUGGCGUAGUGGCUAAAGCACAGGGCUGUUAAUCAGAAGGUCGUUGGUUCGAACCCCACGGCCACCACCAUUGUGUCCUUGAGCAAGGCACUUAACUCCAGGUUGCUCCGGGGGGAUUGUCCCUGUAAUAAUUGCACUGUAAGUCACUUUGGAUAAAAGCGUCUGCCAAAUGUAUAUAUGCAAACUAUGGGGAUAGUUCUUUCAAUUAGUUAAACUCCCACUUAGACUAACAUUUAAUGUUUCUCGAAUUGGUGCCAUUUUAGUGCAUUUCUUGUGAAAGGCUUUGUUUGGAAAAUUUUAAUAAAGCAUUAUAUAGUUACAUUUUGUUUUAUUUCUGAA